GGGGGGGGGGCUUCCGGUAGUCCUGACGUUCUGCCCUUGACGUCAUUGCCGGGCAUUUCUGGGAGAGCGGUUGAGGAGACCUGAGGUGAAGCAGGAUACCAUGUCGGAGCUGAGCGAUGAAGCCAGCGAGUCGGAGCUGCUGAAUCGCAGCCUGUCCAUGUGGCAUGGAGUGGGCCAGACGGCCUGUCACCAAGAGUUAGAUGUUCCACUGGACCUUCACACGGCAGCCUCAAUAGGCCAAUAUGAGGUUGUAAAAGAGGGUAUCCAACGCGGGGAGCUAGACCUGAACCAGCGGAACUGCGGUGGCUGGACCCCGUUAAUGUACGCCUCGUACAUCGGUCACGACGCCAUCGUGCACAUGCUGCUGGAGGCCGGCGUGAAUGUGGACGUGCCGACACCGGAAGGGCAGACCCCGCUUAUGCUGGCUUCCAGCUGUGGAAAUGAGAACGUUGCUUCCUUCCUCCUCCAGCAAGGUGCCAAGUUGGAGAUGAAGGACAUCCACGGCUGGACUGCUCUCUUUCACUGCACCAGUGCUGGCCAUCAACAAAUGGUCAAGUUCUUAUUGGAUAAUGGAGCAAAUGCCAACUGCAGGGAGCCCUUUUGCGGAUAUACUCCUCUGAUGGAAGCAGCUGCAUCUGGCCAUGAGAUCAUUGUCCAGUAUCUCCUCAACCAUGGUGUGAAAGUGGAUGUCCGGGACAGCACUGGAGCUACAGCACGGAUGUUGGCCAUGAAGUACGGACAUAUGAAGAUUGUGGGGCUGAUAGACCUGCACACAGCCCCCGUGCCGAAGGUCUUCUGCAGGGGCCCAGGAAAAUACGAAGAACUGAGCUCAUCGGACGAAUCCUACUCUGCUCCCCAGAGGCAGAGGCCCCCUCGCAAGUCCAAAGGCCCCAGUAUCCACGAAGGGCCCCACGCUUUGGCCAAGAUAACAGCCGUCCGAACUGGAGGAAAAAGCCAAUCGCAUUAUGAGCAGAUCCCUCCAGCAGGCUACGUUACCUUUAACGAUGAUGGAAGUGCCUUUGAAGGAGGCAAUCUCCGCUACAGGGAUGUCACUUCUCCCAUCAAUGAACAUGAUGUGGAAAGCAGCAGCAGCCGAGAAGAGAAUUCCCUCUUCGCCAAUCAUUUAACCACCAUCAGGAUCAGCAGUAGCAGCAGUGAAAAUCUGGCCAAAGUCGUAGGGAUCAGCAGCGAGGGCUCUCUGGAGAGCAAUGAGGAUUCAGACCAUGCGACGAAACUCUCUGGUCGAAAGCACCCCAAAAGCUACGUGAAGGCAAAGAAUCGCUGCAGCAACAGCAACAGCCACUGGUCUUACAGAUCCAGGGCUUCCAGCCAGCACUGUGGCCCCUCUCAGGCGGUGACACCCUCUUCCACGGGACCCCAGGAUCUGGCCACCUUCCUCGAGCAGAUUGGCUGCCUAAAGUACCUGCAAAUAUUUGAGGAGCAAGAUGUCGACCUUCGCAUCUUCCUGACCUUAACAGAGAGUGACUUGAAGGAGAUUGGCAUCACGCUCUUUGGACCAAAGAGGAAGAUGACCUCUGCCAUUGCCCGAUGGCACAGCAGCGCCCGGCCUCCCAGCGAUGCCCUCGAGCUGGCCUAUGCGGAUCGCCUGGAGACAGAAAUGCAGGAGUUGGCCAUUCAGCUCCACAAGAGGUGUGAGGAGGUGGAGGUGCUGACUGGCCAGGUGUCUCAGGAGCAAGAGCUGCGUGCCGUGGUUGAGAGCUGCCUGAUGGAGAGGGAUGUGCUCUGGAGCGAUGCCCAGGCGGCACUUCAGGAGGUGCAGGCCGUCGCCAGGAAUGCCGGGAUCCUCCUAGAGCAGAUGCAGGCCUGUCAGGCAGAAGUGUCUUCCCGACUGAAUCAAGAGCAUGCAGCCGGCCGGUUGUUGGAAGUUAAAGCGCAGCUGGGAGCCAGCCCAGAAAGAUGUUCGUCUGCCUUGAAGGUCCUUAGUCUGCCUGAGCUCUCUUCCUUUCUGGAGGAUUGUGUGGGAGAAAUGGGGAAGGCCCUUGCUUCGGUCAGCCUUAAUCUGCAGAGGCUACAGAGUGCAGAGAAGGGCAGGUCACCCCAGAAGAAGCCCUAGCAGUGGAAGAAGCUUUGCAGAGGUUCUGACGUCGGGUGAACAGUCCACCCGGAAGCUGUGUUUGCCUGGGGAAGCGAGUGCAAGAGAGACGCAUCAACUGCACAGGCUGUCCGCAGUGAGAGCCUUCGGUAACUGUCCUGGGAAAGCCAUUGCGUAGAAGGGACGCCAGGGCCCCUGUGCUGAAGGAGGAACAUGGCGCCUAAAUCCUGCCGGAAGAGCUGUAAGCAAAGGAGUCCUUCAAAGCUUGAAGGUCCCAAGUUGGCAACUCGGACACAGUAUGUGUGUCCUUUGCCACGGAAAGUGUGUUCGAUAUCCUUUGGGGCCAACCAAGCACUGUCUUUUUCAGCAACCAGGUUCCUCUCCCUCUGUCCCCUUCUCUGUGCGCACAUGGGAGGAAAGAUACUGACAGGAAGACCCUGCGCUCAGGGAUUUCAGCCUCGUAAGGCUGACCUGUUGAAGGAGUGCAAGGACCUCACCGUGUCUUACCCAGUCGUGUUGGGGGGUCUAGCAUGUGGCCAAGCAGGCACUGCAGCGGUGGAAGGUGAAAGGAGCUGUCGUCAAAGCCCAUUGUGUUAGCAAAUAAGCAACACACACUUUACGUAUGACCGCUUUGCCUUUUGGCCUGGGUGCUGAAGUGACUUUUUUUCAGUGAAAGUGCCAUCUCUAGCAGCAACCACUGGGGGGCUCCCCAGUCCUUAAUUCUUCUCGCAGAGAACUUGGAUGUUUAUUUUCACAACGAGAUGCUGCCCGUUGGCACCGAAAUGGAGUCAUAAACCUUUUUGCUAUCCUACCCUGGGUUUGGCCAGGGAGAACUGCGAGUUCCACCAACAAAAGAGCUCAGCUUGCUCUUCUUCUUCUAGGGAUUGCUUCUCCUAGGAUACACAAGAGUCCGUGCACUCUUUUUCAAAUGGGAACCCAAUAUUUGACAUAACCCCGUGGUGGUUAUACUACGACAGCUGUGGGGAACCUUUGGCCCUCCAGAUGUUGCUGAACUUCAACUCCUUUCAUCCCCAGCCACUGGCCAUGCAUACUGAGGCUGAUGGGAUUUGUAGUUCAGCAACAUCUGGAGGGCCAAAGGUUCCCCGCAUCUGUCCUUGGCUUAACUAAUGACGUAAACAGGACUGUGGACUCUGAGUGGAGGGUUCACCAAGCCCAGCUAGCAAUAUAUGCUAGUGGUCCUGGAGUUAUUGAAUAGGAUGUCUUGCUAAGUCUAGCCUGGUGGCUGCUGUUGUGGCAUCUGUCCUGUGAAAUGGAGGGCUCCCCCCAGCAAUUAAUGCAGGGGGAAUGCAUGUGUCUUUAAGUGACUGCUGCUAUCCUCGACAAAGGGAGACUGGCUGGGUGUGAUCUCUGCUUUUUUCUGCCUCCUUUUUUUUCUGAUGCACAUCUUAAGCCUAGUUCUCCCACCUGUAGUAAAAUGUUUUAAGCAUUGUGUGUCUCACUGCUUUUGCUACUGUAUUUUUUUAUUGCUCAAAUUAAGUCAAGCUGCCUUAAAAUUGCAUAUAUGACAAAGAGGGGAUAUAAAUGUAUUAAAUACAAAUAAAAUACAGCAACAGCUGGGCUGAUCACCCCUCCGUAUUAAGCAUCUCUCUCCACGUAUCACACAUUGGAGCUGAGGAUUCUUCUUCCUGACGUCCUUUCUUUUUAUGUGUUUUGUAUAUUAGGGUAUUAUUCAUUCCUCGGCAGGCCGGCAUGGUACAACUCUGGCCAUAGCUUCACCACUGUUAUUUACUGAGAACUAGAGAUGGUUGCAGUUUCCUUUUCGUAUGGUGGUGGAGCAAAAUUGUUUUUUUAAACAGAAAAUUGGGAGCUUUUAUAAGCGAAAAGUGCGCUAGAUAGGCUACUUUGGCUCCAAGUAUGUCUAUAUGUCAAACCAGAAUGGAGUUGUCAAGAAGGCUGUUGAACUUUGAGGGUGCCUCCCCUAUUUCAGGGAGUAGCAUAUGAAGCUGGGUCUAGUUUCAGCAGCUGGGCAUAUCUGUGUCAUAAAAGUGGGGUGGAGGAAGAGAGAUCUCAGAAGAAGUUAUGUUGAAUGAUCAACGUUUAACAGACAUUGACUGCUGUGUGAAUAAAUUUGACUCUCA